AGUGGGGCUAGGAUGAGAAAGCAGAAGAAAGCAAAGUAAAAGAGAAUAACAGAGAGAACAUGUUUUAUUGGUUUAAACUCGUGUUGUUUUUGGACGUAUUCUAUGAAUGGCGGCAGGUUUCGAAGCUACAUUAUGAAGUAUUCAAUGAGUCAUGAUUAUGUAGUAAAAAAAACUUUUAUUGCCUAUAUACUAUGCGAACUACUGUUGUGCGAACGAACAUUUGUUUGCAAAGACAAAUGUAAGCGAUAAAUAUAUGUUCUAUGAAUUCAUGUAUAUCAUCGCUAAAAUUUCUUAUUCCCUCUUUUUUGUAAAACAUGGUAGCUUGGGUAUAAUUAUAAAUGAAAUUAAUAAUUCAUUACAGCAGUAGGUGUACAGUAGAGUGCGAUAAAAUAGAGUUCCAGAAAACGCGCAUUAGUCUCGCCAUGGUUUGUUGAUCCCAAACAGCUGAUCCCAAACAGCUGACUUCCCUCGCCUCCCCCACUCCCACUCUCCCAGGCGCAGUCGUGUGAAAUCGCCACCCUCGCCUCACGUGACGUUUUAUCAGCGGUGGGAGCUUCAGUUCUUCCACAGCUCGCCGCGAAAUGGUAGAAAUUACGUCUUCUCACGAUGAAGAUUCUCUGCACGGGGAGAGUCUGCCUCCUCCUCCGCCGGAUAUGGACGAGGAUAAUGACGUGAUUGAGGAGCAUGUUGGAGGAGUAGGGGGCGAGUGUGAAGAUAUGGAGUUGACUGGAUGUGGAGCAUCAGCAUGUUGCAAUCCCAGGAAAGGAGUUUACAGGUUCAGUGCCCUGUUCUUCAUGUGCUUUUUGGGCUUUGGUUCCUAUUUCUGCUAUGACACCCCUGGCUCACUGCAGGACCAGAUUAAGGAUGACAUGGGAGUCAACACAGUCAAAUUUGCCAGCCUCUACUCCCUGUAUUCAUGGCCCAAUGUGGUCCUCUGCUUUAUUGGGGGUUUCUUGAUAGACAGAGUGUUUGGUAUCCGUUGGGGCACCAUCAUAUUUUCAUCAUUAGUCACAGUGGGUCAGUUCAUUUAUGCAACAGGUGCAGUUACAAAUCAGUUCUGGUUGAUGCAAACUGGACGUUUUGUCUUUGGAGUCGGUGGUGAAUCCCUUGCUGUUGCCCAGAACACCUACACUGUAAGCUGGUUCAAAGGCAAAGAACUAAACACUGUGUUUGGACUGCAGCUGAGCAUGGCUCGUGUUGGCUCGACAGUUAACUUCCUUAGCAUGGGCCCUAUCUAUGCCUGGGUUGAUACCUUUGCCGAUGGGUACAAGACGCUUGGAAUUUCACUCUUAAUUGCUGGUGCAACUUGUAUCUACUCCCUGAUUUGUGCGGGAAUCCUAGGGCUGCUUGACAAGAGACGCUCCAAGGUUCUGCGACUCAAUUCUGCCGAGUCUGGAGAAAAGGUGCAGCUUAGGGAUAUUCUCACUUUCCCACUCUCCUUCUGGCUCCUGUGCGUGAUCUGUGUCUCGUACUAUGUAGCCAUCUUCCCUUUCAUUGGGUUGGCCAAAGUCUUCUUCAUGCGCAAGUUCAAUUUCGACGAGACAAGUGCCAACGGAGUCAGCAGCAUUGUCUAUGUCAUUUCGGCCUUCGCGUCUCCUAUCCUGGGAUAUGUUGUGGACCGACUGGGGCGCAACAUCCUUUGGGUCUUUAUUGCGGUGCUGGUGUCCCUCGGCUGUCACGCCCUCCUCACUUUCACCUUCCUUAACCCCUUUAUUGCCAUGAGUGUGUUAGGCUUAUCCUACUCUCUCCUGGCUAGUGCACUUUGGCCGAUGGUGUCUCUCAUCAUCCCAGAACAUCAACUUGGGAGUGCAUAUGGCAUGAUGCAGAGUAUACAGAACCUUGGCCUUGCCUUAAUCAGCAUGUUAGCCGGACUGAUUGUUGACAUGAAAGGCUACCUUGUCCUUGAGAUGUUCUACAUGAUAUGGCUUUGUGUUGCCUUGAUAUCCACUGUGGUAAUGUGGUUGACGGAUUCAGCUUCAAGAGGUGUGCUUAACCUAACCGUUGCUGAGCGGCGGAAUAGAGAAGCGGACAGGGAACGUUUACUUGGCUCAUAGGUAAUGUACUGUGAUUGCAGUAAAGGAGGCAGUACAUAUCAGAGACAAGACGAAGGUCGUAUCAGAUUUCCUUUCAGUGCUCAGGCUUGGAGCAGUGGAGGUGAAAUGAUCUUUCCUCAUACCAAAGACAAGGGUUCAAGAGAUAUGCAUACCUGAUCUCUCAUGGGAAUGUGAUCAGAUUUAUGAAUGAAAUUAUGUAAUGUAGAUAAGGGUCCCGGGAUUUUUGCAUUUGAAAUUGUUAGUAAGAGUUUUUAACUUUUUAUCAUAAUAAGGGGAACAGACUGUGUAUUUUAUUUUUGUAAUGUCUAUAAGUGCAUGAUUUUUUCUUUCUUCUUUUUCUUUUUUUAUGUUUGUAUAAUAAGGUUAGUGACUGCAGGAUCAGCAUUUAUUUGUGAUCUUCAAUUGUACAGAUAAAGUUUUACAUAGUGCUGAAAAAGGAUAUAGUUACUGCCACCUUAUAUUAGCUAAUGUAUUUUAUGUUUAUUGGUAAAACCAUAAGAAUUUAACAAGUAUCUUAUGUAUGUAAAGAAUAACCUUCUUUAAAUCUGAGAAAGUUAUCAUCUUAUAAUUUUAACAAAUUGAUUAAAUUGCAUUUACUCAGAAAAUAUUUUUCAAUUAGUUAAAAAUUAAGGAAAAAAAGUGCAAAGGUAACAUCAAUGACUAAAAAACUUGCAUGGUAAAAAAAAUAGUGCUUUCAUAAGGUGAAUUGACUAUAUCAGAACUGCCGUAUCUAUACUGGAUGUAUUACUUUACUUAUAUGAUAUAAAAUACCAAUAAAGGAGAAAUCUGUAAUCAGCAAACUGCUUGUGAAAAUAUUGACUGGAAGUCUUUUAGGUAAGUUGCUAUUACCUUUUUUAAUGUAAACCAAGAUCAGGGACAUAAUUUGAUGCUCAUUUAUUGUUUCUAAUUCAUAUUUCAUGUCUUAAAAUUAUCUACUUUUUGGUAUCAAGUUGGUGUUUAAAGUGCAUUGUCAUAAAAAUCAUUUUAAGUACAUUUUAACCCCUUCAUACUGCUAAUGUAAUGCUAUGUUUGUCUUAGUGAGGGCAGACUAUGCUUCAUGGUUACAAAAAAAGCAUAUGUGGAUAUUGAAGGACAAUCUCACAUUCCUUACUUUUGUACUAGACAUCUUUACUGCACUGAGUCAAAAUAUAAAACAAAAUUGCAACCAUGAACGUCUACUGGUUGGUAACCUCAACUCCAGUCAAUAUUCUCCUUCAUCCCAACAAGUAUUCUUAGGAUUUGAACUUCUUGAAGAUAUGCCUGUCAGUCAGGGUUACAUUGUACUGUCUAGCCAGACAUGGAUGGGUUAAAACAAGCCCUGUUCAAUAUAUAAUGUUGUAAGAUAUCCUAACAAUUUGUUACAAAUGAUAAAAGAUGUGAUAUAUGUGUAUAUACACAUUUCAUUCUAGUGUAUCUUCGAGUGCCUUAUUACGUCUUUCAUGUAGAAAAGGAAUGUAAAAAAUCAAUGAACAAUGUUUUAGAGAAUUUUAUAGUAAACUGGCAUUUUUUGGAUUCUUACAUUUUUUGGGCUAUACUAGUUGCAUUUUUAAAUCUACUAAAAGAAAAAAAAAAUCCAAAUUAGGCCUCAUUGUCCUCAGUUUUCCAUAAUGUGUCUCUUUUAGGUGCCGGAUAAGGUAUCCCUUUGCUGGUUAAUGGAUGAACUCAAAUAUACUUGUUACAUGACUUCUGGGCCAAAGAAUGGUUAACAUAAUCUCUUUCUUUCUAUUGUGUGCAUUGAAGCAGAGAAAGAGUUGUCCUUUUCAAUUUAAGUGUUUAUGAAUGCUGGUACAGACUGGGCACUUCAGUAAUGCAUUACACUUAGAAUAAUUUGUAAUGUAUAGGAAUUGUUAUUUAUCAGAUAAAUAUAAAGUCCAUAUAUAUAUUCUAUCCUAUAUCCUUUUUAUAGAUGAAAAUUUGAUUGUAAAUGACAAUGUAUAUUAUUUACAUGUUUUUGCAAAUAAAGAUAAGAUUACAGUACAUACAACUACACAAAA